GUGGCAGCAGCGCAAGGCCAACGCGCAAAACCACCCGCCCGUUACGACCAAGAAACUGCCGGCGCAGUCGCAGUGUCGCGCAGUGGACCUCGGCAUGUGCUCUGGGGCCGGGGCGUCCGCUCUAGCUUUAAUUCGGCCAACUUGACCACCCUUUUCCGGCUGAACAUGCAUUCAGUCGUUGUUCAACGUUUCCCCCCUCUCGACGCCAGCUACGCCAAACUUCCACCAUCGCAGGAUCUCCCUCGCCAGCAUCCGAUUGCUCGAUUGAACGGGCGCCAGUCGGUCAGUCGCGGAAGACGGCGCGCCAUCUCCACCUAUACUAUUACUCCCUGACCAGCCAGCCAACCCAUCUCGCUACAUUCCUUACACUCCGGACUCGAGCGCGUGUUCUUGCCCGACAAGGUCAAUCGAGUCUCGACCCAUAUAGCCUGUACGGACAGAUAGACAGGUCCUCGGCGAGCCGACCGUGCCUACUCUUAUCCGCUACCCGCCCUACGGAUCGAUCGAUCCCGCCGCAUCGCAGUAACGUCGCGCUGAAAAUCACGCCCAUAUCCAUACGAAACGUCCACCUCCGCGAAGAGCACGUGCGCGAGAACCGAGGGACGAAACACGAACCCAAAACUGAUUAUAUAAAAACCCCCCCAAAAUAAUUAAUAAAUACAUACAAGGAGAGAAGGCUACCGGAGAGAUCGGAAACAUGGUUGCCGACGCGGUCAUCUACCACCCCACGGUGGCGCACUACCUCAAGUUCGUGGCGACGACGGCGGGGCGCGACAAGCUGAUGCGGACGGUGCAGUACUUCGCGCGGUUCUACGCCUGGUACCUGUUCCGGACGAACGGGACGCGGGGGGAGGUGGCGCCGUGGGAGGCGCUGAAGAAGCAGCUGGGGCUGGCGCGCAAGCUGCUGCGGCUGGGCAAGAACGUCGAGCACCUGAAGGCGGCGGCGCUGGCGGCGGACGCGAUCUCGGCCGCGUCCAAGACGGCUGCCACCGCCGGCGCCGGCGACGACGUGCUGCGGUACGCCGCCGUCGGCCGCCAGCUCGGCUACGCCGGCUACCUCACCUUCGACGCCGCCACCGUGCUCGACUCCGUCGGCUUCCGCCGCUGGGACGGCGCCAAGCGCGCCCAGCGCGAGGCCUCCCGCUUCUGGGCCCUCGGCCUCCUGUGCAGCGUCGUCGCCCAGGCCUACACCCUGUACCGCCUGCGCGAGCGCGAGGCCAAGGUCGACAAGAAGGAGGGCGAAGGGGUCGUCGAGAGCAAGAGGAUUGCCCUGGAGCGGGCGGCGAGCCGGCUGCAGCUGCUGUCGGACCUGUGCGACCUGACGAUCCCGACGUCGGCGCUCGGGUGGGUCGGCUUCGACGACGGGUUCGUCGGGCUGGCGGGCACGGUCAGCAGCUUGAUCGGCGCGUACGCGCAGUGGAAAAAGACGGCGUAAGGGACGGGAAGGAAAAGAGAAGAACGGAGACGAAGGAAGCGGGAAGGAGGUCGUAGAGGCUUUAUUUCGCGGAGGGGGCGACGGGGAAAAAUCUCUGGCUCGCGUUGUUAAAGGUCGGGGGAGGAGGGAGGAGGGAGGGAGAAAUUAUAGGAGUGGAGGAAAGGACCAAGACGAAGUAGGAGAUGCGGAAGAAGACGCUAUGGGGGGGGGGGGGGGGGGG